AUGAAACUUCUCAUCCUGACCUGCCUGGUGAUCUGCAGUCUCACUGCAUAUACUGUGGAAGGUGUGGGGACUGAAGUUCUAGAAAAGAGCAUCUGUGUGAGUCUGACUACACGGCGACUGCCAGUUAAAAACAUCAAGACCUACACCAUCCAGGAGGGCUCCAUGAAAGCAGUGAUAUUCAUUACCAGACGAGGAUUUAAAAUCUGUGCUGAUCCUGCAGCUGACUGGGUGAAAAAAGCCGUCCAAAGGAUAGACAGGAAAAAUAUGAGCCAGAUCAAGCCUGCAGGAGCCCAGCCAUCCACCAAUACAACUGUGACCCUGACUGGGUAG